CUGUGUAGCACACUUUGAGUGUGACCUUUUUUGGGGUUUUGCCAUAAUGUUGCAAUGAACCAGGCAAGAUAAGAGUGAAAUCCGUGACCAUUUCAGUGCGUUGAUGAUGGCGGGGGCGGGCGCGGCGCUGCUGGAGGUUCUGUGCAGCCUGGCGGUCUGGUCGGGUCUCUACGCGUUGCUGUGUCGGAUUUCGCCUCAGCGCGGGCCCGAGUGGAACUGUCGACUCGUCACGCUGACGCACGGCGUCGCCAUUGUGAUGUUGACGGCAUACGUGGUCUUUGUGGACGGACCCUGGCCCCUCACACACGCAGGCAGUGAGAACACGGCUCUGCAGACGUCCGCGCUGUGCGUCUGCCUGGGCUACUUCCUGUUCGACAUGGCCUGGUGCGUACGCUUCGGCAGCGAGGGCGCCGUCAUGCUGGGCCACCACGCGGCCAGCAUCGUCGGCAUCCUGCUGGCGCUGCUGACGGGCGUGUCGGCGUGCGAGACGUGCGCCGUCAUCUUCGGCAGCGAGCUCACCAACCCUCUGCUGCAGGCCCGCUGGUUCCUGCGGCGGCUGGGGCGCUACGACAGCCUGUUGGGCGACGCCGUCGACCUGCUUUUCAUCUUCCUCUUCGCCACCGUGCGGGUGGGCGUGGGCGCCGCCAUGUUCUACUGCGAGCUGACCUCGCCUAGGACCACUGUGGUGAUGAAGCUGGGCGGCGUAGUUAUGUACGGGCUGGCGUGGGUCUUCAUGGUGGACAUCGGCAGGUUCGGAUACAAGAAAACCCGGAUGCGGUACAAACAGUGGCGGGAGAAGCGAAAAGAUUCUGAGGUGGACAGAUGUCAUUCCGACAAUAAGAACAAAUAAAGGUGUUAUGAGGAUUUUCGCUGUGAAGAACCCCCGGAAAUGGACAAAAUGACCAUAAAAUGGCUCGUUCAAACAAAAAUGGCAGACGUCAUGUUCCUUUUAUGGUAUAGUUUCGCAAAUCUUUUUGGUCGGCCGGAAUGUAGGCUGAAUUCUCUGAAAUGUAAAAUCGAGAAAUGACUCAAAGGUUUCCACUUCAAACUAAAGUGUCCACAACAUUUCUUAUUAAAACACAUUACAAACAUUUAUUUUUGUUUUUUUUAGAUUAGUUCUCUUUUUUUCACCCCGCUAGGGUGCAACAGAACACAUUCUUGGCAUUUCAAUUCAUUUCGAUGGAGCAAGAUGAUUUAUGACACAACUGUGAUGAACUAAACUCAUCUCUCAUGUCACCUUGUAUAAAAUAAAUACAAAUAAAAUAAGGG